AUUUGACGACAGUUAACUGACUUGGACCAAUGGAAAAUUGCCAAAUACCCAGAAUGUCGUGAAAAAAAUCGUCCAAGUACUCCCUCACCAUCAGUUCACAUUAGUUCACUUCCGCGGUUUGUUGUCUUCUUAUAAUCAGUGUUUAUUCGGCCUGAUAACGUUUUCAUCAUCGAUAAUAACACUGAUAACACACCAGUAUGAUAUCUGCUGAUCGAAUUAUGUGGCCAUAGUUUCUGAAUAAAUAAAAUAUCUCUUGGACAGCAAAAUAAAUUCUGCGCAUUGAGGAAGAAGUGUUGUUGAUAAGUACACCUAAUGGGGGAAAAUAGUGACGUCGAGAUGAUUAAUCUACUUGUUAAGGCACCGGAUCAACAGAUUAGUGAUCAAAUUGUCAAGUGUCAGCUGCAUUGGACUGUUGGGAGGUUAAAGGAGCAUCUCGAAACGGUAUAUCCUACAAAACCAAAACGAUGUGAGCAGAAGGUCAUAUUCUCUGGUCAACUGCUGAGUGAUUCCAUGAUUCUGCAAGAUGUCCUUCCACAAAAUUAUAAUCAGAAUGAGCCAUUGGAUAACACGUACAUUAUCCACCUGGUGUGCACACUGAAAUCCACGAAUUACCAGUCAUUGCCAAGUUAUCAGGCACCAUCUAGUACAGUUCAUACUUCAGAUAUUAUGACACCACCACCAACGGUACAACAAUACUAUAGUCAACUCAAUAGUCAACAAAUGGCGUGGAUGCAGCAAGCGUAUGCCCAUUAUUUAACGCAAUAUAUGCAUCUAAUGUCAGCCCAGGGAAUUCAGGUGGAAAAUACUAUACCCUACGUCCAGUCGACGAAUGUCCGCAGGCCAGACGUUGCGAGUAAUACGAAUAAUCAGACCCAUAAUAAUGCCAAUCAGGACGAAGGUAAUGAUGAUAAUCAUGGGGCUGAGCAAGAGGGGGCAGAUGCAGGCGUCAACCCUGCGAAUAAUAAUGUUAGAGAGAAUCGAGAAGCUGGUGUUGUUUACGAUUGGCUCGAUGUCUUCGAUUUCAUCACUCGUUUUUUCGUCCUGUCCAGUAUUGUUUAUUUUUACUCAUCACCCUCGAGGUUCCUCGUGGUAACCUUUCUGGGAUUCGCCAUUUAUCUACUUCAGGGUGGGUUCUUCAGGGGUCAGCCAAUAUUUCCAAAUGAUAACGGUCGUGCAGAGAAUGAUAACAACGCUGAUAACGAGGGAGCCCAGCCUGCUGAAUCGAAUCAUCAGAGAAAUCCAGCCCCUGCUGCAGAACCUCCACCCCAGGAUUUGAGGGGUACGAAUCCCAACGAAGAUAAUGGAAGACCUGGGGCAUGGGCAUUCACGUGGACCUUCUUUAGCUCGUUCUUCACAUCUCUCAUUCCUGAACAGCCACCACCUGUCCUCUAAAUUAAUCCCUAAUACUUUAUUUUACAAUUUCUACUGCAGAGUGGCGAUAGUUCAUUUUUUUUCAAGGCGAGUUUUUUUUAUGAUAUUUCCAGAUUAAACGAAUAUAGCGAUUUUUCUUAAGAUACAUUUUUUUUUUUUGAAAAAUGAGAGCGGCAAAAACGGUAUUUAUGGAAAUAUCGCUAUCUUUCAUCGAUUCCAAGAUAUUUGCAAAAAGUGUUCUUGAAAAAAAAUGCACUCAUCGUAGUUUCAAAGUUCGCAGCAGAAUUGAUCUUUUCACGAUCAGAAGUUUCACAUUAUUGAAUUUAUGAAAAAUCCUGGGUAACUCCUCGUGAAUUUAUGGGAAUUUAUAGAAAUAUUCAUUACAUUUUUCUUUAACGUGAAAUUAUCCUCGCAGAAUUUUUGAAUUUACAUCUAUUCGAGUUGUUUCUCAGUUAAAUUGUUAAGUAAGUGUUCUAAUUUUGUUUUUAAUCGAUAAAUAUUAAAGGAAGAAGAUAUUCAGAAGAAAAUGUUUUCUCUCAUGUGAUAUAAGCGAAUCAUGCAUUAAUAUUGCUUAGUUUUUAUUGCAUUGAAAAUAAAUUGUAUUCCAAAGAUUAA